UCGACGCUAGGAGUGGCGUAUAAGUAUGGGCGCCAUCUAUUCGUUCAGUAUCUGACUACCCUCUGAAGACUUCUGUACUCACGAUCGUAUUACUAGAUUAUUAGGAUAUUUCGUGUGACAAUUUAAUUUAGUGCAUCAUAUUAUAACAGAGUGACAAGUGUACGUUUUAGAACAAGUAUAAUAAGAAUGGACAGGAUAUUAAGAAAAAUGAAUAUGAUGUGGCGAUGACAAGUCUGAUCUUGGAAAACGCAGAUUUGAACCGACUUUUUCCGAAAUGUCGGCCUAGGGGUGGCCCACCCCCGAGUCCGGGGGCCUCUAUACAGAUUAGUCAGCCGCAUGAGAGCCUCUGUCAAAAAGAGGCCGUUUCUAUUACCACCAGCCUCACAAAUAUUUCCACAACGACAUUCACGAACACUCUUACGACUACUACCCUUGCAAUUACUUGCAAGAACACAUCUUCAAAGCAUUCACAUCCAAUAUUGGAAGACAUGAUUGACCUCGAGCGUGAUAUCUCCGAUAGGACAACGAGCAUGGUAUCUGGUUUUACAAGUGAAAGUCAACUAACUGUUGGUGUUAGUAGUAACACAAGCAAUGUUGGCGGUCCACUUGGAACAUUUAAUUCACUUGGUACAUUUAACACAAAACCACUUUCUUCAAGUUCCUCAUCUGCCUCUGGACAUAGUGAGGAUGCACAACAAUAUGGUAGUCUCCCAGGUAGUGAUCAUCAAAGUCAUUCUCAGCAGGAUGAUAGUGGGCCUGAGGAAAGCCCUGUAUACAUUUUAACUUCUGCUAAGGGUGAUCGCAGUUAUAAAUUAAGAGAUUCCAGAAUUAUAGAAAUUGCUGGUGGACGAGAAGUUUUUUCUCAAAGCCGAGGUAAAGUAGCUGCUAGAAAAUCACGAUUUCUUGCAGCAUCAAAUUCUUUAAAUAAUGAAGAUAUUCAAAUAGACAACAAGCUAUCAGUUAAAAGAAAUAAUAAAUCUCCAAAUACUCAAACUGUAUGGGAGUUAAGAAGCCGAUGUAGUGAUACAAGAAAACAGCGUUCUAAUAGAGAAGUUACAGAAACUGUAUUUUCUUCGGAAAUACAUUCGGUGCGACAUAAUCCAGCAAAAUCUAUUGAUUAUGAUUCCCCUAAAAGCAAUCACAGCAAUCAUAUUAUUAAUUAUGACUCAAUUUUGAAUAGCAAUAAUGUAGAAUAUGAUGUGUCAAAAAAUACAGAUUUAGAUUAUGGAUUGUCAAAAAGCUGCAUAGAUUAUCAAUCAAAUCAUACUACACCAGCAAGAAGCAUGGCUAUUGUUAGUGAUGGUGAAGUAGUUGUUUUUGAUGAUAUUGAUGAUAAUUGGCAAAAUUUGCCAUUAGAUUUAACUAAUAACACUAAUCAAGUUACAUCAACUAAUUUAAGUCUUGAGACUGAAGAAUCUCAAAAAGGUCGCAUUCCUCCAGAACCUUUAAGUUCUAGCAUUGAAAGUACUCCAAGUCCAACAACAGCGUAUCAUCGUAAUACUUCGGAAUUUUUUAAGGUGAUUCCAGCUAGUGAUUGUGAAGUAGAAUCACCAUCUUCAGAACGAAAUCAUAAAGUUACAAGAGUAAUUGGUGAAUUACCAAUAGCACAAUAUUCUGAAAGUCCAAGACGUUAUGGAAUACGUGAUACUCAACUUCCAUGUCUUCUGUCAUCGCCAUCUGUAUAUAUGACACCAAGACCUGGUUUUCCACAAAGAGUAUUACCAACAACACCAAAUCAUAAUGAGAAGGAACAUACUUCUGCAGAAAUCAUUGUAGAAAAGGCUGUGGUAGAAACAAAUAAGAAUUAUUCUGAUAAUCAUGCUGUAAAUGCUUCAUCUCCAAAAAUUGAAGAUGAAGAAGAAGAUUCUUUAAAACCAUCAAUUAUUUCAACAGAUAACAUAAGUAAUUUGGUAUCAUCUGGUGGUAGUACAUUUGAUUAUUUAUAUGAAUUCUCAGAAACUCGAAAAGUACUCGAAGAAUUUUUUAAAUGUCCACCACCAACAAAGGAAAAGGAAAAUAGUAUUGAAUCUUUUCCAUUUCAGGAUCUAGAUUACGAAUUACGAAGACAAGGAGGAAGCGCUUAUGUUGGUCAACGAUUGGCUACUGGUCCUCCAACAAUAGAAGAAGUUUUAGUACAUGAAUCUCCUAAAAAACAAAGAUCAGAUUUUCCCCAAAAUAUUGCUGAACAUGAAAAUAAUUUCUUAGACCUCUCAGUAGGCACUGGUAGUAGUGAAGAUCUCGGAGAAACAGAGGUUGGACUACAAGUUGGGCACUCUCGCAAUUUUACAUUGAGUCCUGAAACAACUGAUUGCGAUAGUAAUUGUGGAGAUCUUGAUAGUGAAGUUUCUUUAAUGAUGAUGGAUAAUGAGUUGAUACCAGCUAGUGGUCUUCUUGGAUCAGUGGGUGAUUUAGGAAAUAAUUCAGAUUCAUUGAGAAUAUAUGCUAGUAUGCCAGUUCUUGAAGAUGGCUUAUCUAGUGGACAUGCUAGUGAUACUGAUAAUAAUAAUCCAACUGUGAUGUUGAUGAAGCGGCAAAUUAAUGAAAUUGAAAAAGAAAUUAUUCAACGUAGUCGUGUCAAUGAUACUACUUAUUCAGUUACGACAGAAAAUGAUUCAGUUGGAAAAGAUCUUUCUAGCUUAACUGUUAGUAAAGAUAUUUUACAUUCUUUAAAAACUUCAUCACCUGAUUUAUUUGUUUCUAAAAAAGAAAAUUCAUAUGAUACAAAUGAGCUUCAGCUUGAUAGUUUGGAUCCUCUUGGCACGCCUCCACCACCAGCACCUCAGGCUAGACAAAGUGUUAAUUUGGAAAUAGGAGGUGAAGUUGAAGCUGCAAUUAAAGACAUUAGAAUGGCUUUACAGAGGACUAAAACUUUACCUGUGAAAUGUUCUACAGAAGAAAUAAUUGAAUCCAAUGUCAGUCCAAUUUGGAUACCAAGUCUAUCGGAUGGCAGACGGAGAAUUUGCGUAGAAAAUAAUAGUGAAGAAUCGGAAGUUCGUCGUACGACUGAAGAAGCAGAUAUAGAAAUUGAGGAAGGUCCAGAUGAAGAAGAAGCAGAUACUGAUUUGGAAACUGAUCGUUUACUUGGACAGCAAAGAACGGACGAUCAGGGUUUUUACGAUGAUAAGGGGUGGAGGAAGCCUAAAACUAGGACAAUGUUACCACCGAUGAGUGGAAAACUGUCAACUCCUAAGCAAACCCCCCCAAAAAGUCUAAGUGUCGUUCCAGUAGAGAGCUCACUAGUAUCUUCGGAACCGUUAGCUUCGACUUCCACUUGUGUAUCCACUUCCGCUUCUGCUUCUAUUUCACCUCCUCCUAUAGUUUCCGUUAUACAACCAACGCCUUCCGAUUGUGAUGUUACCACUUCCACACAAUCUGCGACAAGUCCACAGAAGACUACAGCCAAAAAUUCUCCCUCGUCCCCUCAGAGUCUCAAGGAAUCCAGCAACAAGGUGAAAAAGGAAAAAGAAGAAAAGAAGAAAAGCAGAAAUAAGGAAGGUAAUGAAAACUAUUUCUAUAUUUCUCUUCUCAACGAUUCUUCAGUCUUAAUUGAAGGAGUGUUGUUUCGAGCGCGAUACCUGGGAUCUACUCAACUUGUUUGUGAAGGAGAGCCUACCAAAUCUACACGUAUGUGCCAAGCAGAAGAAGCUGUAUCUAGGAUAAAGGCACCAGAUGGCGAAACACAACCAAGUACAGAAGUUGACUUAUUCAUCUCAACAGAAAAAAUAAUGGUUUUAAAUACGGAUUUGAAAGAAAUCAUGAUGGACCACGCGUUAAGAACAAUAUCAUAUAUAGCAGAUAUUGGCGAUGUAGUAGUCCUAAUGGCACGAAGACGCUUUGUACCUCACGAAAUGGAAGAAGCACCAAAAAUCAACAGAACUCCAAAAAUGAUUUGUCACGUGUUUGAAAGUGAAGAGGCUCGAUUCAUUGCACAAAGCAUUGGACAAGCAUUUCAAGUAGCAUACAUGGAGUUCCUUAAAGCGAAUGGAAUAGAAGAUCAUAGUUUUGUAAAAGAAAUGGAUUAUCAGGAGGUACUCAAUUCUCAAGAAAUCUUUGGUGAUGAACUACAAAUGUUUGCCAAAAAAGAAAUGCAAAAAGAGGUCGUAGUACCUAAGGCAAAAGGUGAAAUUUUAGGUGUGGUAAUUGUCGAAUCUGGAUGGGGUUCUAUGCUACCAACUGUUGUAAUUGCAAAUUUGGCACCAGCUGGUGCGGCUGCUCGUUGUGGACAAUUAAAUAUUGGUGAUCAGAUAAUAGCUAUAAAUGGUGUUUCGUUAGUUGGCUUGCCUCUCUCUACUUGUCAGACUUAUAUCAAGAACUCAAAGAAUCAGACAGUUGUCAAGUUAACUGUCGUUCCGUGCGCGCCAGUAGUUGAGGUCAAAAUCAAAAGACCUGAUACGAAAUAUCAGUUAGGAUUUAGUGUACAAAACGGAGUAAUAUGUAGUCUAUUGAGAGGUGGAAUCGCUGAAAGAGGAGGUGUUCGAGUGGGUCACAGAAUUAUCGAAAUCAACAAUCAAAGUGUCGUUGCUGUACCGCAUGAGAAAAUCGUCAAUCUUCUUGCCACAUCUGUUGGCGAGAUAUUAAUGAAGACGAUGCCCACGUCGAUGUUUAGGCUACUAACUGGCCAGGAAUCUCCAGUGUACAUAUAAUCGUUUGAUUUCCUGGCUGAUAUGCGUAGUGAACAGACAAUACAUCCGCCAUACACUACCAUAUUACUCACUAUUUUAUUCUCUGUACAGAUUUACUCUACGCAAAUUGCUUUGUGUUUCAAUUCUUGUGAAAUUUUAUUCGCAUAUUCUCACCAGCUCCUGCUUAGCAAAACAACAAACUUUACGUAAACACGUUGCGAUAAAUAUUAAUAUAUUGAAUAUUUACUGCAAAAAAAAAACAAAAUAUAUCUAUAUACAUAAUAUAUACAUAAACAUUUUAUUUAUGAAUGGGAUUCUCUAUGUCUGUUUUCUAUUUGAAAAUUAAAACGAUCAUUAAAAUAUUACAUUGAGAUGUUAAAAUUACAUUAUUGCAAUAUAAUAUUGAUAUUUCCCUUUAUCUAAUGCAUUUCUUUUCUUUCAUCUUAUAAAACAAUUACUUUAGUAUAUUAUAUUCAAAAAAUUAUUUUCAUCUUUUAUUUAAAUCUGUAAUCUAUAACAAAAGUUUAAUAUCGAUUGCAAAAAAUUCAAUAUUAAAUAACUUUUGAAAUAAAGAAAAAUAGAUAAAAUAAAUUCUAUUACAUAUUUAUACAAUAUACAUAUUUAUACAUUUAUUUAUUUUUCAUUUUAUGUAUUUGCUCUCAGAAAAAAUUUUUUUCUAUUUUAUAUAAUAUCAUCUUUUUAAUAUAUUUUUAUAAGAUGUUUAUUAAAAAAAUAAAAUCAUAAAAGAUGUUUAGUCACAAAUACAGAUGUAAAAACAAAAAAUUAAAUAUUUCAUAAUUACACUAUUAUUCACUAUUAUUUAUAUAUAAAUAUAUAUAAACAUAAUAAAUACAAAAGUAUAUUUUGCGUAAUCAGCAUUGAGAAUCGCAUUUCAUAUGAUAAAAAAAGCAAAAUAUACAGUGCACACGAUUAUAUAUAGCACAAAGCUCUUUACCAUCAUUUAGAGCAGGGCUGGAAUUCUCUGUACAUUACGUAGAUAACAACGGAGUAUAUUUCUCGAAGGCCUUUAUAUACUUUAUUGGUUUCAUAGAAAUCACAUCGUUUAUUUAAUCUUUUUUAUUCAUAAUUUUUUCUAAUUUUUAUUAAAAUUAAAAUCUAUUAUACAAUAUUUUAAAUGCGACAUUUCAUGAUAAAUAUUACGGUAGUUAUACGGAAGAGUACUCCAUAGUAUUUCUAUUAGUUCUAUUAGUUCUAUUAUUAACAUUUUUGUAUCUUGAAUAAUGAUAAUUUUUUUUUAAUAACUAUUUUUUUUCAAUAAAAAUAUAUCUUUCGCUUUUAUUAAUAAUAACUUUAAUUAAAACAUAUAAUUAUUAUUAAUAUUUAUAAAAAAAUAUGAAACUCAUUAUACAAAUAUUAAGAUGCAUUAUUAAAAAUGUAAUAUUUUAUUUUAUCAAAAUCAUUAUUACAUAAAGCAUUAGAACAUUAAUCACAUAAAAAAUAUUUGUUUUCUUAAUAUGUACUUUAAAUACACUUUGAUAAUUAUUAUAAGAUGAAAAGAUUUAAAAAAAUUUAAUAUUUUAAAAUAUUAAUUUUUUCUAAAUAUAUAUAUAUAUAAAUAAUUAGAGAAUUUCAGAAAAUUUUAUUUAUAAAUUCUAAAUUUAAGAAAUUUUGUUUAAUAAUUAAUAAUAAUUAUUGAAAUAAUUCCAUGGUUUAUAAAGCAACAUCUUUAUGUAAUAUACUGCGCACUUAUUUUUAUUAUUGGUAAAUGAUGAUACCUGAUACAUCAUCAGUUAUAAAGGAUUUAUAUAGUGCAACAUAUUUUUUCAUCAUUAAUAUAAGCGAGUACAAUCUCAUUAAUUGUACAUGCAUUUAUAAUUAUCACGAUUAAAAUUCUCUUAAACGAUUUAAAAAACUCUUUACUUAUGGAAUAUAAAUAUGAAUAUGAAUAAGAAAAGAAAGAAAUUUUAAUUUUUAAUCUAAUGUUGCGACUGAAUAAUUAUUAAAAUUUACGAAUUUAUAAACAAAAUAAUAUUAACAUGGAGAGGAGUUCUCUUCUAUGUAAAUACCGCGCGUCAUAGUAUAUUUCAUCUAUUUUUUGUUGAAAAUAUUUCAUAUUUUGUUUUAAACUAUUGAGAGAAACAAAAUAUGCAAUCUUAAAUUUUUUAAUGAAAAUUUGAUAAAAUUUCAAUGCCAAAGUACAUUAAAUAACGAAUCGCAUAAUAGCAUAAUUUUCUUGUCUUUUAUAAUUUAUCAGUAAUAAUUUUUUUUCAUUUUAAAUUUCAUUUUGAUUCAUAUUAAUUUUUUUGUACAUUUAUUUUCAUAAAAAUUUAAAUUUAAUAUUUGUAAAUGUAAACAGACAUUUGAAAUUGAAAACAAACUUAUAAUGCUUUGUUUUUAAUAUAAACAAAAAUGUGAAAAACUCAUGAUAGUUUUUUCUUUUUUUUUAUUUUUAUAAUUUAAAUAUCUCAAAUAUUUCUGAUAAGAAAAAGAAAUAAUUUUUAUUUUCUUUUUUAAUAUUAAUUAUAAUUUAUAAUAGUAAAUUUAUUUACUAUUAUUUUGCUACCAAAAUAAUUACAGUUAAAAAAUAAAGAUUCAUAUACACAUAUAGGUACUUUAAGGUUGAUAAAAACUAUAUUAUAACUAUAUAUAAAAACAUUUUUCAUAUAUUAUUAAAUGAAACAAUAACAACAAAUCCGCAUUAUUAUAAACAAUUAUCAUAAGAAUAAAAUUUUAUGUUAAUAAAACGAAACUUGGUAUAUUUUGAAUAAUAAUUUUAAAAAUAAAAAAUAUGAUUAUAAAAAUUUUAUAUUUUUUCAAUAAAUAUAAAUUACAUUAGAUAUAUAUAAAUUAAAUACGAAAUCAAUUUUUUUUUAAAAAAUCUUCCAAAAUCUUUAACAUUUUCCUUUUCCUUUUUUAUUUCUCUUGUAUUUAAUUUUUGAGAAAAUGAAAAAUUUUUUCAUUUUUUAUUUCAAUUUAAAACUUAUUUAAAUGGUUAUAUAAUUAUUUUAUAUAUGUAUUUUAAAAAAAAUAAAAAAAAAUACAUAUAUAUAUAUUUGAUAAAAUAACAAAACUUUAAAGUACCUAUUUUAAUUAUCUAUUAAAUUUUCUUUUUUAUAUUGCAAAAAUAUGAACAAAAAAAUUUUAAUACAUAAAGAAAAUGAGAAUGUGACAUAAUGAAAAAAAAAGUACAGAGAAAAAAAUGAGUAUAAGAGAAAAUAAUUCAAAUAAUUUUACUGCUUGUACCUUUAUUUAUAUUUUAUCCAAUCUGUUUUAUUAUAAUGUCAGAUAAUAUGUACAAUUAUGUACCUUAUAUUAAUUUUAUUUUGUCUGCAUUUAAUUAGUGCCAUUUACAAUGCCCUGGAAUUGAACAUUUUAUGUUAUUUUAUGAAGUAUAAGAAUGCGCGCAUACUUGUGUAACGGAUCCGAGUGGAAAAUAUCUUUCAUAUCUAAUAGAAAUUUUUUAUUUGAAUAUUACUUACAUAAUUGAUAAACAAUGUUUCAUUUUGAAAUUUGCAUUUAAUACAUUGUCGAGUGCACACAAAUAUACAGCACAUUUUUAAAAAUAGUUAUAAGAAUAUGCUGCAACCAAAGAAAUUAUUUCUCAACGCAUAAAAAUUUAAUGAAUUAAAUGAAAAUGCUUAUAUAUAGUACAAGAGUUUUGUGUCAAUUUGUUAAAAUUUAUUUAAAUUUAAGUAUAUGUCUAUUAAAAAAAUAUAACUCUAUUAAACAAUAUACUAAUAUAAAAAG